AUGCUUCGGGUGGUGGACGUCCUUACACCGGAACGAGUCCGGGCUAAUCGGCAGCUAUAUACGGCCUAUCUGCGCUGGGUCGCACGUUAUCCGGUAGCAAAGCUGCGGUGCCAGCUGCGUCUCAAUAUCCAGGAGGCGUUUCGUUUACGACAGGCAUAUUUUCGAGCGCUCCUACGUGAUGCGCUUCGUAGCCGUCAUGCGAACGAGACGCGCAUCCGCCAAGUACUCCAUAAUUUAGACGAACAGCUCCAUGGAGAAGCGCGGCAGGCGCUAGAUGCCUUGGAACGCUUUCGUCUCGAGCUGAAGCAGCUACCUGCAUGGUCUGCAGACAAACAAGUUGCCGACGACGACCGCGUGCGGUAA